AUGGGCGCGCUGGUCGGGGCCGGCUUCUUGCUGCUGCUUGUCGUUGGCGUCUCUCGAAGCUCUGGACUCGAGUGUGGAAUUUCUGCACCUGAUUUGGAAAGGAAGGAACCCGCUGUGGCAUCUGGGGUCUUCUCUAGAAUUAGUAGCUGGAGAAAUUCAGCAGUGGGCAGCCAUCCCUGGCAGGUCUCCCUGAAGCUAGGGGAGCACCACUUCUGUGGAGGGAGCUUGAUCCAAGAUGAUCAGGUUGUUACAGCAGCACACUGCCUGGUUAGCCUCAAUGCGAAGCAGCUUAAGAGUCUGACUGUGACUUCUGGAAAGUACAACCUCUUUCAGAAGGAUAAGCAAGAACAGAACGUUCCCGUCUCAAAAAUCAUCAUCCAUCCUGAAUACAACAGCCUUGGAUUUAUGAGUUCUGACAUUGCACUGCUGUAUCUAACUCACAAAGUGAAGUUUGGAACUGCUGCUCAACCCAUCUAUCUUCCUAACAGAGAUCAUAACCUUGAAGCAGGGAUUCUUUGCGUGGCCAGUGGAUGGGGUAAGAUUUCAGAGACAUCAGCACGUUCAAAUGUUCUACAAGAAGUGGAACUUACCAUCAUGGAUGACAGAACAUGUAACGCCAUACUCAAGAGGAUGAACCUCCCUGCUCUGGAAAGGACCAUGCUGUGCGCUGGUUUUCUUGAUGGGGGGAUGGAUGCCUGCCAGAGGGACUCUGGAGGUCCACUGGUGUGUAGAAGAGGUGGUGGAAUCUGGACUCUUGCUGGGAUAACUUCCUGGGUAGCUGGUUGUGCUGGUGAUUCAGCUUCUGUGAGAAACCGCCAUCGGAAGGCAUCCCUCGGCAUUUUCUCCAAGGUGCUUGAGUUGAUGGAUUUUAUCACUCAAAACAUGAUCACAGAUUAUAAUCCUCAGGGGACAGUGUUAUUUGGAAAAAGUGGAAAGAUUAUUUACCCCUAUUCCAAAGAAGACAACUAUUCUCAUAAUUGGUCAUGUAUCCGGAAAAUAAUGGUACGAGAAAAUAAAGUUGUCUUGAUAAAAUUUAUGAGUUUCGACAUAGAAAAUCAAGUUGGAUCUUUACCAUUGAGUAAUGGGGUGAUUAGCAAGGUCUGUGAAGAUACACUGCCCUCCCCACUGCUAACAGAGACCAGGGAGGCCUCAGUUACGUUUGUUUCUGAUACAGAAAACAGUGGCAACGGAUAUAACCUUACUUUUGCUGCUGUACGGAACUCAGAAGCAGGUACAGGUUGUUGGAGUGUGGCCGUGUUGGUAGAAGGGACAGUUCGCUCUGCUGAUUUUCCUGACUUGUAUCCCAGCCACGUGCAGUGUCAUCAGCUCAUUCGUGCUCUAGACACACACACGGUGAAGUUGACAUUCGAGGCCUUUACAUUUGAAUUUAACCCAAACCAUAUUUACGAUGCUGCUGUGAUUUAUGGUGAUUCCAAAGAAGACCACGAGUUAGCUAAACUUAGCAGAAUCUUGAACACUCUGAUAUUCAGUCCUAGUAACAUGACGGUGGUAUGUUUUAAAGACAGCUCAAAUAAAAUUGAACCAACAUCACCUCCCCAAACCAUUCCUGUGUCUGCUGCAAAAGCUAUUCCGUACGGCAUCUGUGGCAUCCCUCCAUUUAGUCCUCAGUGGCUUUCCAGAAGAAUUGCAGGAGGGGAAGAAGCCUGCCCCCACUGUUGGCCAUGGCAGGUGGGUCUAAGGUUUCUAGGUGAUCACCAAUGUGGAGGUGCCAUCAUCAGCCCAACUUGGGUUCUGACUGCAGCCCACUGUGUCCAAUCGAAAGAUAAUCCACUCUCGUGGACUAUUAUUGCUGGGGACCAUGACAGAACCCUGAAGGAAUCAACUGAGCAGGUGAGAAGGGCCAAACACAUAAUUGUGCAUGAAGACUUUAACAUACUAAGCUACGACUCCGACAUUGCCCUGGUACAGCUGAGCUCUCCCCUGGAGUACAAUGCAGCGGUGAGGCCAGUGUGUCUCCCGCACGGCCCAGAGCCUCUGUUUUCCUUGGAGAUCUGUGCUGUGACCGGAUGGGGAAGCAUCAGUAAAGAUGGCGACCUAGCAAGUCGUUUACAGCAGAUUCAAGUGUCUGUGUUGGAGCGAGAAGCCUGUGAACACACUUACUAUUCUGCUCACUCAGGAGGCAUCACAGCAAACAUGAUCUGUGCCGGCUCUGCAGCAUCUGCAGGGAAAGAUUUCUGCCAGGGAGACUCUGGAGGUCCAUUAGUGUGUAGGCAUGAAAAUGGUCCCUUUACCGUCUAUGGCAUCGUCAGCUGGGGAGCUGGCUGUGUCCAGCCAUGGAAGCCAGGAAUAUUUGCCCGGGUGACCGUCUUCUUGGACUGGAUCUACUCCAAAAUCAAAGGUCCUACUUCAUUUCGGACAAGUAAUAAAAGCAAAACUUUAGAACAACAAUUGCCACCACUCGUACCUUCCACAGAUAGUGCAUCUGGACCAGGCUGUGACUCUGAAGUGGAGCUAGACGAGCGCAGAGGCUUCUUUUCAACUCCAAGCUAUCCGUUAGAUUACAGAGGAAAGCUGGAAUGUUCUUGGGUGCUCAGAAAUUCACCAAACAGUGUGGCAAAAUUUACUGUUGAGUAUCUGUUGCUGCCUGGGUCUUGCGUGCCAGAACCACACCAGGAUGCUGGAAGUUUCAUGAGCUCUGCACCACUGGUGAGGGUGACGUUUCAUCCCCUCGUACAAGGUGCUUUUGGCAUAAACUAUAUUGUCUUCAAAAAAAAGGAUGGUAAAAUAACCAGAGCUUCCUCGAGUUCAAACCAAGAGCCUGUGGUCACUUUUGUGGACUUUCUUCUAACCAAGCCAGUAAGAGUCAUAGUGAUGCCAAGAUAUGUCCCUUUGGAGCCACUGCAUGAAAAAGGAGAAAUGUUCAUGAUGAUGAAAGAAGCACGUGAAAAACCAGUUCACUGGAGGGGAGCAAAAACAAUAAACAUUUCUGACUUUUCUCAUCUAUGCUGUCAUGGACAAUGGGGGUUAGUAGCCCCUUUAAAUCACAUCAUUUCCCUUGAUGUUACCAACUUCCAGAUGAAGCUGAGAACCUUAGCCUGCCCCUUCCUGUGA